AUGACGUGUUACCUUGAGUCACGGGACCCCCGCUGUCGUAAGAAUAUGUAUGCUAUAACUGACCAAAGCACAUGGAUAACAGAAACAGGUGACAUGAAAGCCAAUAAAGAAGUUUUCAAGAAGCUAGUUGACUGUGGCUGUUGUGAUCGUUGUAUAUUACGAUUUUUCAGAGAAAAAAAAUACUAUCUGUAUGCUUCCAUUGAUGUAGUUAGAAAGAGACUUGAGGAAUUCAUUGAUGACAUACCAACUGCCCUAAAAGAAGAACUUUAUGAUGCCAAAAAUGAAGCUGAGAUAAUUAAUGAAAAAAUUGAGGAGCCACCUUUUAAGAAACACCUUAAAAGCCCUUGUUCUGCUUGUCUUGGAUUAUUAGAGGAACAGCAUUUAUCAGAAGGAUUAAAAAAGACAACAAUAAAAGAAAGUUGGCACAAAUUCUCAGUUUUAACUCUACAGUUGUCUGUUCCACCAUCUAUUGACCUACGUCAACAUGUGCUCUUACUUUUUCUGAGAGAAAAUUUCAGUGAUCUUUACAAAGCUAUUUCACAUGAAGACAUUCCAUCAGUGAAGGAUGCUUGGAAGUGGGUGGUAGGCAACAAGUUAGGGGAUGCUUUGAAAAUUGACUUUAGUCCAAUGAGCGACUUUCAGAUAAAUGUUCAAGUCUCACAUUCUGACGUGGAGUUAGAAUGUGAGUUUUUAGAAAAGCUUAGUCCAGAGACCUUUCCAAACAGAAGACUAAAAAACUUGAAAAGGAAAAGG